AUGCUGGGAAUGACGCAGUUUGGAGUUGAUGAUUUCUGGAAACUUCAACAUGAAGUAAAAGAAUUAAAAGCUUCCCAAAGUGCUAUCAUGAAACGGCUACAGCGUGUCGAAAGGCGAGAUGAGGAAUCAACGAGGAUAAAGUCUUUAUGGAAGAGCCCAAGUUUAUUCCCAGCACCGCUUAGUUCCUCCAGCAGUGUUGUAAACCAAGCUCAGACGAAUGGCGUGCCUUCGAGCUACCAUAAUACCUCACGGUCAGAAACUACCAACCUACACUUCGAAGAGCUUGAUCCUCAGCCCCAUAUUGAACCAUACGCAGACCUUGAAAACGAGCUUCCGAGACGCGGUGCAUCUAGAGCCAAUAGUGUUAGGUUCGAUGAUGCUAUCCAGAAUCAUUGGUUUCACGAUCCUCAAGACUCUGUUGAAGACAAUUACUUCUCAAACUCUCGAAGUGUCAGCCAACUUGGUGGGCACAUGCUGAGUGAAAGGUCCGCUUCUAGCAAAUCUGAUGGACGACACAAUUCUCUCAACUCUCACAGUGUUGGUUUCGAUAACCAAUCCUUUUUCGACGCAGAUUUGGGAGUUCCUCUCGUUAACAGCUCAUCAAGUCACAGCGCUGUGUCAAAAUCUGCAAAGAUUGAAUGGGCUGCAAACGCCCAGAUAUUCUGUCGCUUGAACCCGUUUGCUGACGAGUCAUUCACAGCAUACAUCAGUAGCGCUUCCGUUGACUCCGUGAUCGACUUUGACAUAGUCUCCAAGCUUAACCUCCGAGAAAGUUUACGCCACAGAGAGAAUGGGAAGCUUCAAAUCCAACUCUCUUUAUACUUCUUCGAGAGUGACAUCCUUAGCUCUGCUAAUUUGGAUCAUAACAUGUCGAAGGUGACUGCCGAGUUUACGGUUUUGGUCAGUGAAAAGGAUGGGAUUUGCCCUUGUAGUAUUGUUAUGGGUAACGACAUCUUGAUGUCUCGGCAGGCGGAAAUAUCGUUUCUUCGACAGCGACUAGAUAUUCAACUUGACGAUGGAACUAGGGCAGCUAUUCGAUUCGCAGGUGCCCCUUUGGCCAUAACUCACCCAAUACCAGAGAAACCGGUGAAUUCAAUCCCUCAAGUGGUGACCGCCCCUGUUCCAACCAGCGCUAUUGAACGGCCAUAUACAUCUCACUCAAUUGGUAGAAAGGAUUCAAGGUUCACUCGUACCUUCCAAGAAAAGGCCAUCUCUUCACCAGCAACUCCAUUCAACCGAGAUGAGUUCGAUUUCUCCAGCAUCUUGUCCAAACCUUCCAUCGAAGCCCCCCAGCCGGCUAAACCCACUCCAGAGGAGAACACUGAAGAGCGUAUGGGCCAAGGAAGCAGUGCAAUUUUAAACUCAGUGGAGGAUACACAUAGUCCGAAGCCAGUUAUCGCAGAAUUGGUUGGAGCCCCCCAGCAAAAGCCGGCGCCAGCGAGUCCAUGGUCUCUAUCUUCAACAGCAGCCCUCUCGCAAGAAGGUGCCCUCGCCGAACCCAAGAGCCCCCUCCCAAAACUAGAUAGCAGCAACUCCUCAUCACCAAAGCAACCAACCCAGGAUAGGGCAUCGGUCGAACCCGAGCCAAGCAAGCAGGAAAUUGAAAACCCUAAGGUUGAGGAAUCCAACAAAACCGAACAACCUCGCAAGCGUCCUGGAAUGAAAGUCCUACGACCAAGCAGGCUCAACGCCUCGAACUCUAACUCUGGUCAGCGCACCCCAUCCUCGUCAACUUGGAACGUACCAAAGAGCGCGAUCGAACCGAUCUCAAUUGGCCGCGAACUCAGAGACGCCGACGAUCGGUUGGAUUCGCCUCUUCGGCCUCUUCCUCCACAGACACCUUCAGAAUCAAACCGAAGAAAGUCCGAUGCCACGUGGGGAUCUUCAGGUCCACGAAUCUCCAACGGAGCCAAUGGAUCACAAAAGAAGUACGGCACAGUUAAGGAGACAGUUUCCAACCCAGUCGGCGGGGCUUCAGCAUUCAGCUGGAUGUCUCCUAAGCAGGUCUAA